UAUGCACCUGUUGCUUCUGCUUCUUAGUCUGUGCUUCCACACCUUCUGCGGACACGUUAAUUACUUGUGUUUUGGAGAGCGAUGAUGGCAGACGCUGAGGAGGCAGGAGCGCCAGGUGAAGAGGAGCAGCAGGAGCAGCAGAAGCAUCAGCUCAGCUCCACCACAGAACCGGAGGAGCUGCAGCCUCCUGCCCCAACAGCGGGCACUGAGAAGCGGGCAGUGGAGGGCGUAGAGGCUCCCUCUCAGUCCGGAGCCAUCUCUGUAGAGCCAUCUAUCGACAAGUUUAAGAUCGGGAGGUUUUUCGUGUUGAGGCCUGGCACUCUGAAUCAGGCCAUCAAAGACGUCGAAGCUCUGGUGGAUAAAGAACUAGAUGGCAGCGUUCUCAGUGUUUGGCUGAUGGCAGAGGUGGAUCACUGGAACAAUGAAAAGGAGCGUCUCACUCUCAUCACAGACAACUCUCUCCUGGUCGUCAAGUACGACUUUGUCAUGUUCAGAUGUGAGCAAAUCCAAAGGAUCCCGCUGAACUUUGUUGAUCGCAUCUCCCACGGCUCCUUCAGUUUCCCAAAGCGCUCCUUGCUUGAGAGACAAGGGGAGGGGGUGCGAGUCUUCUGGGACCGGAUGAGAGAACCUUCCUUUACCUCCAGGUGGAACCCCUUUGCCACUGACCUCCCCUUCAUCACCUUCACUUCCCACCCUGUGAAGAGCAUCAGCGGCUCAUUCAUUGCUCUCUGUGAUAUCCAGAACUUCCGUGAGAAGCUCAAGGAUGCAGCGCAAAAGGCCCACACCAUGAAGCCGGUUCCUGGGAAAGCCAACGGCGUCCUGGUCCUGAAUCAGCCCAUCGUCAUCGAGGCCUACGUUGGUGUCAUGUCUUUCCUCGGGAACCAGAACAAACUGGGCUACUCCAUGGCUCGAGGAAACCUCGGCUUCUAAAACUCUUACACAUUAUAUUACAGAGAGUUUGUACAAUUUCUCCAAGAAUUGACCAAAGAUUUCUCAGGUUUGCUUCUGUUUGACGUUGAAGGCUGAAUUCUCAGAAUGUGCUGUGUGAAGUUUAAACAACAGUGUGAUCUCCUCCGUCGGUUAUUACCAGUGUGUGGUGUCUGAGCGAUCAGAAAUAUCCGCGUUUCAACACGGCUCUUGACUGGCUGACGGAUCCCCUGCUGUUCUCAAGGAGCUUUGUAUUUGCUCCUCAGUGAUAUGGUAAUUCAACUCUUUCGCAAUGGGACUCCUUUCUUCCUCCCCCAGUGUUCUCUGUUAAAAGCUCAUUCCCAUGCCAUUCAGCCCCUCAGAGAUUCACUGGAGCAUGGGGGAACAUUUGUCAGUUUAUCAUUCGUAGUGUAUUUUUGCAGUGCUUACAGUGUUGGAAUUUCCCUUGAUUUGUCUGUUUACCGUGUGAGACACUGCCUUAUUUGGUGCCAUCUGUUUGUCUUGUGAAGCUGCCACAGACAAGAAACUAUAAGCUUGUGUUUUCUUUUCCUUUAAGUGGCUUAAAAUAUACAGACAGACUUUUCAUGCAACUUUUAACUCGUGACGUCCUGUUAUUGCUGCAAGUCAUAGUAUCACACAUUUAACAUUAGCUGGUUUGGCAGGACUUGUGGUUACUGCUGGUAACAAACAGUGCAGUGUAACAAUAGAGCAAACACUCCUUGAGCAAUUGUUGUCAGAAUAUACAAAAGAAUAAACUGGUAUAUCUGUUUAUAGUACGACCAAACAAAGUCAAGUUGUUUUAAUAAAGAUGUCAGUUAAUAAUUCAUGUAAUCUUGAUCUGAUUUCACGCUACGUGAGUGGUUCUCCACACAAUAGCAGGGUUGGGUUCUAACAGCUUCUGCAGCCGCACCUUCUUUUUCCUCUUCCUACAAUAUUAAAAACUUAUCUGCCCUCCAAAGAUACCAAAAAUGAUCAUAUCUUGUAUGACCUAUUUGUACAUUAGUGCUAAUCUCACUGAUAAAUACGUCACAUUUCCUGUGUUCCACCAGUUGAAUGCUCUGAAUGUGAAGCAGUAGGAAAAGUUCAGUUUAC